AUGUGGGCAAACAAUAAUCAUCUCGAGCUUACAUCACAAGGACAAAAGGCAUCCGGGACACAAACCCAUCCUCUUCAUUACACCUGGGUAUUUUGGUUUAUGCACCGAAAUCCAAGAGAAAAGAUCACAAAUUAUGAGGAAAGCAUGAAGCGCAUCGCAUCUUUCUCAUCUAUUGAAGACUUUUGGGCUGUAUACAGCCAUUUGCGCCGUCCAAGUGAUUUACCAAACAUUAGUGACUAUCAUCUUUUCAAGCAUGGAGUUCGACCCGUAUGGGAGGAUGAAGUUAAUGUUAAUGGAGGAAAAUGGAUUGUAAGAUUAAAAAAGGGGUUAGCAAGUCGCUACUGGGAAUCUUUGGUACUUGCAAUCAUUGGUGACCAGUUUGACGUAAAUGAUGAGAUAUGCGGUGCAGUCUUGUCAAUUCGUGGCUCAAACGAUAUUGUGUCUGUGUGGAACAAGACAUCUUCAAAUGGAAGGAUAAACCUGAAGAUUAGGGACACGAUUAAGAAGACACUUGGACUGCCUCAGGACACGAUUAUGGAAUAUAAAUCUCACAACGACGCUCUCAGGGACAAUUCAAGCUUCCAUAAUACCGAUGUUUUCCGAUGA